UUAUUUUACGAGUGUGCCAUUGUUGAAUGAUUUAUACUCAAAUCACAGACUUACUGUUGUCGGAACCAUCCGAAAAAAUAAGCCAGAACUUCCCGAAGAACUAUUAGCAAUAAAACAUAGGCCAAAGUGUAGCUCUAUGUUUGCUUUUGGGAAAACACCAAAUGUGUGUACUAUUGUAUCGUACAUACCAGAUAAGACGCCAAACAAGAAUGUGCUAAUGGCGUCAACGAUGCAUACAGAUGAUGAGAUCGAUCCAGACUUUGGAGACGCUGCUAAACCUUCAAUCAUCACAUUUUAUAAUAUGACCAAGGGUGGAGUGGAUGUGGUUGACAGACUUAAGAGCGAAUAUAGUGUUACAAGAAUAAGCAACAGGUGGCCCUUUACCGUAUUUGGGGGUCUGCUUAAUGUAGGAGCCAUAAAUGCUCAAGUAAUUUACAAAAACAAUACUAAUGACCUCAAAAAACGUAGAAUUUUCUUGAGCGACUUGGCUAAAGUGCUCAUAAAACCACACAUGAUUCGCCGAGGAUCUAUAGUCACACUGCCCACAGAUCUUCAAGGGAAAAUAAGAUGCCUGACAGGUGGCCAAGCAAACUACGCACCUGCAAGACCCCAAGAAGAGAGAGGAAGAUGUGCCUAUUGCCCAGUCAGAAAGAAUAGGUUCACCACAAAAACCUGUGAUUCAUGCGGCCGAAAGGUAUGUGGAGACCACACGGCAAAAACAAUUUUGAGAUGUCACCUCUGUGAUGAAAACCCUGCCUCCGAAUCAGAGUAAUAAAUGCAGACUC